GCCCCGUGUGGGUGACGGGAGGGGGAGGGAGCCAGGCAGAGCUGAUCCCACGUGUGACGCUCGCAUUCCCGGCUCAGUAAUAUUCUCUUAGCUCUGACAGUGUGUGUGUUAGUUACUGGCCAUAGUUGGGUUAGCCAUGGAGGGAGACGGGAGCCAAGCCACAUCUGGAAGCCCUAACGAUUCGCAACACGACCCGGGUAAAAUGUUUAUCGGUGGCCUCAGCUGGCAAACUUCACCAGACAGCCUUAGAGACUAUUUUAGUAAAUUUGGAGAAAUCAGAGAAUGUAUGGUGAUGAGAGAUCCCACAACAAAACGCUCCAGGGGAUUUGGCUUCGUUACGUUUGUGGAUGCGGCCAGUGUAGAUAAGGUCCUAGCUCAACCUCACCACGAAUUAGACUCAAAGACGAUUGAUCCUAAAGUUGCCUUUCCAAGACGCGCUCAACCCAAGAUGGUCACAAGAACAAAGAAAAUAUUUGUAGGCGGAUUAUCAGCUAACACAGUAGUUGAAGAUGUGAAGCAGUAUUUUGAACAGUUUGGCAAGGUAGAGGAUGCUAUGCUUAUGUUUGAUAAAACUACAAAUAGACAUAGAGGAUUCGGCUUUGUAACUUUCGAGAACGAGGAUGUGGUGGAAAAGGUCUGCGAGAUUCAUUUUCACGAAAUCAAUAAUAAAAUGGUAGAAUGUAAGAAGGCCCAGCCGAAGGAAGUGAUGUUUCCUCCAGGGACGCGGGGGAGAGCCAGAGGUCUGCCCUACACCAUGGACGCCUUUAUGCUGGGAAUGGGCAUGCUGAGUUAUCCAAACAUUGUAGCAACGUAUGGCCGAGGAUACACUGGUUUCGCCCCAAGCUACAGCUACCAAUUCCCUGGCUUCCCGGCAACAGCGUACAGUCCAGUAGCAGCGGCGGCAGCAGUGGCGGCAGCGCGCGGCUCAGGCUUCCCCGAUUACGGUUUCUAUUCUUCGCCAAGCGACCAACGGGGGCCCCCCUUCUCCUUUGCGGACUAUGGCUCCCUGGGCCCCCAGGCGGCUCAGCUGCUGCAAAGCAAUAUGUUUUCAAUAAAGAAUAUCCAAUCGUACUACACACCAGCAGUCCUGACUAGCAACCUUGCUCACAUCACUGUUGGCACGGCCGCUUCUCCGGCAGGCACCAACCCACCCCGGCCUGGAGCCUUUCCUGGAGCCAGCAGUCCCGGGCCAGUGGCUGACCUGUACGGCCCCACCAGCCAGGACUCCGGUGUGGGCAACUACAUUAGCGCUGCCAGUCCCCAGCCCGGCUCCGGCUUCGGACACAGCAUUGCUGGUCCUUUGAUUGCGACAGCUUUCACAAAUGGAUACCAUUGAAACCUAACAGGUGGUUGGUUGCCAUCUCAUUUGAGAGUUUAUCAGGAGGCCCGGGGAAGACUGGCCGGAGUUUCUAACUGGUUCUGUGUACAGGUAAAGGCCAUUAAACUUCAAGCACUACAGCGCUGAACGGGAAUCUAAAGCUGAGAUGGCGCCACACGAAGAACAAACCGAAACGUCUGAAUCAUCUCAGAAAGAAGAAAAAAAAACAAAAACAACUAAACAAUCUGCUGUACUAUACUGAAAACCUGGCUUUUGAAUAUUUUAUCCUAGUGUAGCCCUGACCUUGAAUUAGGAUUUAAUUUUUUCCUUUACUGUUUUUCCUUUUAGAAGCAUUUUAGUCAUCUUUUAUUGUGUACACGUUGAAUCAACCAACGUUUGUUUGAGUUUCUAGAUGUUCUUCAUUGUUCUUGAAUGUUCUCUGAUGAGAGCGACUAUGUAAACAUAAAAUGUCAUUUUUUGUUUUGUUUUGGUAGUAAUAUUCCCAUAGCAGUUUUGUUUCACAGCCCUCGUCUAUCACGUUUCAUACAAGCAAGAAAACGGAUUGAAAUGACUCCGCUUGAAAUGGUGACAUUUUUAAUUCAAGCCUAAACCGCAAUGAGUGGGUAACUCAAAAAAAUCUUAGUAGCUCUAUGUUUAUUGUGAUGUCUUGUUAACCAUGAUUACCUAUUUUGGGCAAUAAGAGGACUACAAUAUUUUCACAGUCCUUUUUUAUAAAUGUCAUUUUUGUUGUCGAUGAAAAAAAAAAGAAAAGAAAAGAAAAAGCUUUCCUUUUAAUACUUUGUGAAAUGAGAUUUAAAAAGAAAAGAAUUCUGAGACUGUAUAUAUUAUUCUGUUCACUGCGUCAAACUGUUUCUGAGAGAGAACCAUAUUUUUGUGAUGGUGUCAUCGAGGUUGUAUCGUGCGCAAACCGAAAUAUGUCAUAUGAAAAAUAUCUUCGAGGCUCAAUGCAGUAACCGAGGUCCAUCUGUAGCACAAAGGCCGUGAUUUACCCCAGUACGGACGAAACUCAAUCGAACACUGUUAGCUCGCUUUGUAAAUACUGUCGGCUUUACAACUGUGCAGGUGUCAUACCAGCAUAUGGAUUAGAUAGUACGUUAAGAUGUGCACAGCUUACAAAGAGAAUAUACUUUACAAGGUAUUCAGAAAUCAGCAUUGUAACAAAAGAAAAAAAAUCACGACAAAAUCCAAAGCACACAUGAACUAUGAUUUCAAACCGUGUCGAGACAUUUCAUGUAAGCGUUUCAUUUGGCGUUCUGGUGUGAGCUUCUUUUUCCCAGCGCGUGUCGAGAUUUUUACGCGAUCCGAACGAUUCGAAUAACAAAGGCAAUAUUUCAGAAUGUUUUGAAAUUGCUCUACAAUUAGGAAAAAAACAAUCUUUUCUACCAUUACCUCAGUCCUGUGAGAAUUACUUUAAAGGAGAUUACAAAUUAAUUUAUUUUAGCCUGAGACAGAUAUUGAACAAGAUAUUAAAGUGUUGUUUUGAAAUUAAGUAAAUCAUUGCACUGUGAGAGAGAAUUUAUCAUUUUCUAUUUGCACAUGUGAACUGACAGUCUCUAACGUGGGUCAUGUGAAGGACCGCUGUGGAAGCCGUUUGUUUCUUACCACACGGGAUAACAUUUACGAAUCUCGAGUCUUGGUUUGCAUUGAUUCGAAGACUGUACUUUUAAAUAAUCUCUUUCCAGGGAUUUUAUUCUAGAAUAUCAGAGAUGACAGAUGAGUUUAUUGGUAGCAAUAGUUAAUUUCCUCAGAAACACUGAAGCUGAUUGAAACCAGUAGCUGCUACACACAUUUGUUGUACAUGUGGGGACUGGAUUUGAUGAGACACAAAUGGCAUUUAGAAAUAUGAAUAUGAUGUAUGCUGUUAUUCGAUAAAUGUUUUAUUUUCGUUGAUUUGAUUUUUUGUUAGUUUUUUUGUUCAUUUCACUAAACUAACAGAUGAGGCAGAAUGCUGGAUUCUUUCUCAAGAAGGAGACGUGAUAAAAGUAAUGAAAAAAAAAAAAAUAAGUCUAGAAGAACUUUGUGCUAACUGUUUGAGCUGUUUUAAAAAAGACAAACGUAUAAAAAAAAGAAAGAAAGAAAAUUAUCCCGAACAUGUUUUGAAUUUAAAUAGGGAUGGAUUUUUAUCAAUAUUUUUGUGGAUGUUAAUGAUUAUACUAAAUAUAACUGACAAUAAUACAGAUAAUAUGUACUGUAUUUAUCAAUUGUUUCUCUUCAUUCCCUGUCACCUCAUUCAGUAAUCUUAUGUUGAUCAUUGUAUUUUAGUAGUGUGUUAAAAAAAAACAAAAAAAAAACAGGAAUAUGACUUAACCUUGUAAAAGAGUGCUGUCUUGAUGCCAGUGUAGUGGUCUAUACACUUCUUGGUUGGUAUUUUUCACAUUUCCCCCCUCUCAUUCUCCUUUUGUCGUUUUGCCCUUUCUCUAUAUCCCACUCUCUCUUUAGUGAGUAGUCGUAGGUGUUAUGUACUUAAUGUUAAGAUGUAGAGGUAUUCAUUAGCAAUCGUAGGACCAGUAAGGAUAGAACUUUCUCUUUAUAAUCAUUUAAAGACAAAAAGACAAAAAAUGCUGAGCGUUAUUUCCUUCGAAAUUUUUCUUUCUUCUUUUUUCUCCUUUUUGUUCCACUGUUUUGCUGGUCUCACAUGGUUUCAACUAACCAAAGCUCUCACUGAUGAAAUCUAGGAGAAAGAAAUUGCUGUACAACAGAAUUGUAAUCAAGGCAUUAAUUGGAUCCCCACCCUUGAAUGUUUUAAAAGGGGUGUGCCAUACUACCUUAAAUGCUAACGCUAGAUAUGCAAAACCGUUUUACUUUCGUUCUUUUUUAAGAGGGACGCAAGCUAUAAUUAUGAAGAGGGUGAUUUUAUUACAUGAAUGAAAAAUUCAUAAAUAUUUUUUUAGUAAGUUCUAACAAAGUAAUGAUGAUAUAGGCUAAUCAUUAUAGAUAUGGAUAAAACUGUCAUAGGUUUUUGAUAUCCCAGUGGCCUACGGCGCUAUUUUUUUUUUUUUUAAAUGCUCCUUUUUUUGGAUUUAUUUUUAUGCCUAGAUUAAUACAUACUUUAGUUUUGAGUCACCUGGGACAUAGAAUAUGAUUGUUUUUGUACUUUUUAAUUGCAUUGCCAGCUUUUCAUUUUAAUUCAGCAUCUACGUUCGACACCAGACAGCACGUCACACUAAUUAGCUUGACUUUAGUGUAAAUCCAGUGUCACUCUGAAUCUGUAUUCCUGAAUCACAUCUGUUCUCAGGGAUAUCAAACAUGAGCCACCUUCGCAAGGGAGAUUUUUAUGCUACUAGUGAGUUACGAUCAGCACAACUUUUAAUGAAAGGUGUCUAACUCAAGUUUAUUCAAUACAUUUGAGCGAAAUUUUAAGGUGCUGUCGGGAUGAAAGGUGCACGGCAUUUUCUUCCUGAAGACAUCUUUAUAAAAUGCAACGCUAGGCGGUUAGUUGUUCUUAGUUGGACGUCUCUUUCUUAACAAAUUGAGUAUCCAGCAUCCAUUUAGGCUUUGGUACACAUUUAGAUGGUCCGCGAUUAAGGCAAAUGUUUAACAGCAGAUGAAGCACAUUUCCCUUCUGCUGUGACUCUUGAUUAAAAUGAAGGCUGGCAACUCUUUUAAACAGUCUUUUCCAUUCGUAUCUGUUAGCUUACCCAGUUUUUCCCGUAAUUUGAUCUUGUAGCUUGGACUUUAAGGUAGCAUGGCUCUGUUGCCAUCAUUUUGUUUUCCAUGGACAGCAGUUUACAGCGGAUGAAUGUUACACAUCUUGCUAGACUAGUUAAAUCAUUGGAAAAUUGUUGGUUUAA